AUGGGGCCAAAAGGGAUCCCCAGCUGGUGUACUCAUUGUCCCCAGAAAUCUGCUGCCCUUAACUGCCUUAAACUGCCCCCUCACCCAGAGUUCUCAGGGGGCCUCCUGGAAUUCUCAGCUGAGAUCAGCUAUGGUCCAUUUGAUCCCAUUCUUAGUGACAAGAUUCAGUUUCCUUCCCUCUAUCAGAUGGCUCCUAAAGACUCUUCUCUUCACAAAGGUGUUGUCCACUUGAUGGUAUACUUUAAAUGGAACUGGAUAGGUCUAGUUGCCACAGAUGAUAUAAGAGGUGAGACAUUUCUGUGGGAGAUAAGAGAGAAAAUGUUAAAGAAUGGAGUCUGUGUGUCCUUCACAGAGAAGAUCCCUGUCAGUGAAAGAGGACAUAAAGAAUCACAUGAAAACUUCAUGGCCAGGAUCCUAGAAUCAUCAAGUGAAGUGAUUGUUGUCCAUGGGGAUGCGGAUUCAUUAAUGAUUCUGAGAUACUCACAACUUCCUAUAUUGAGUAUAAGGAAGGUGUGGAUUGCUACAUCACACUGGGAUAUUACUAUGAGACCUGGCUAUCGUCAAGGUCAUGAUUUUCAUGGUGCUCUCACAUUUUCAUACUCGACAAGUGAAGUCCCUGGGUUCCAGAUUUUUCUUAGGACAAUUAAACCUUCUAAAUAUCCAAAUGAUAUUUUACUUAGGGGAUUCUGGUUGUCAGUCUUUAGGUGCUCAGAUCAACUAGAAAAUGAAGAGCAAGGUAUAUGUUCACCAAAUGCUUCUUUGCAGACUUUGCCUCUGUGUUCUUUUGAUAUGACCAUGUCUGGCUUGAGUUACACCAUCUACAACACUGUCUAUGCUGUAGCUUGGGCUCUCCAUGAAGUAUUUCUGAGAAAAUCAGAAAAAAAUUUGAUGGGACAUGAAGAAUAUUUAGUCUUUCACUCAUGGCAGCUGCACUCCUUCCUGAAGAACAUCCAGUUUAACAACAGUGCUGGUGACUAUGUGAUUGUGGAUGAGAAAAGAAGCUCUGAAGCUCAAUAUGCCAUUAUGAACUAUAUUUUCUUUCCUAAUGAGACUGAUGCUCUGGUGGAAGUUGGGCAAUUUGUCCCCAGUGCUCCCCUUGGUCAAGAUUUCACAAUAUGUGAGGAUGCCAUAGUGUGGGGUUGGUGGAAAUCACAGCUUCCUCCUGGAGUAUGCAGUGAGAGUUGUGGUCCUGGGUUCAGAAAGAUCCCUCUAGAGGGGCAAGUGACCUGCUGCUAUGACUGCUCCCCAUGUCCAGAAGGGGAGAUUUCCAGUCAUAUGGAUUCAGAUCAAUGUAAGAAGUGCCCUGAGGAUGAAUAUCCAAAUGAGCAGAGAGAUUGCUGCCUCUCCAAGGUUGUGACCUUCCUGACUGUGAAAGAACCUUUGGGGAUGACUUUGGCCUUGAUGGCUGUUUCCUUUUCUUUACUGACAAGUCUGGUUCUAGUGGUCUUUGUGAAGUACCAAGAUACUCCCAUAGUGAAAGCCAAUAACAGGACUCUCAGCUAUACUCUCCUCAUCUCCCUCAUCUUCUGUUUCCUCUGCUCCCUGCUCUUUAUAGGCCAGCCUACCCCUGCCACCUGCCUCCUGCAACAACCAGUAUUUGGAGUUGUCUUCACAGUGGCUGUUUCCUCCAUUUUGGCCAAAACCAUCAUCGUGGUUCUGGCUUUCAGGGGUAUCAGGCCAGGGAGCAGGAUCCGCAUGUUCAUGCAUCCUAGAAUGUCUAUCUAUGUUGUUCUCAUCUGUUCUGGAUUUCAAAUGAUUUUCUGUGGCAUCUGGUUGGGCACCUACCCCCCCUUUCCAGAGGCAGACACACACUCUGAAUAUGGCCGCAUAAUCCUUAGAUGUAAUGAAGGCUCUGUCUUUGCAUUUUAUUUUAUCCUGGGCUACAUGGGCUUUUUAGCCCUGGGAAGCUUUACUGUGGCUUUCCUGGCCAGGAAUCUGCCUGAUACUUUCAAUGAAGCCAAGUUUAUCACUUUUAGCAUGCUGGUGUUCUGCAGUGUCUGGGUCUCUUUUCUACCCACGUAUCAGAGCUCCAAAGGGAAGGCCAUGGUGACUGUGGAGAUCUUCUCCAUCUUGGCCUCCAGUGCUGGGCUCCUGGGCUGCAUCUUUAUUCCCAAAUGUUAUGUGAUCCUCCUGAAGCCAGACAGCAAUACCCAGAGACAGAUCAAGAGUAAAUCAGCCUCUAAAGGCAAUACUUUUUUCUGGAAUGCAGGUUUACACUUCCAGUACUGGGAAUAA